AUGCUCGGCCUUACCCCUCGUGGCGAUAUGCAUGAGGACAGCGAAGAAGACGAUGCCGACGAGGAGGCCAAGUUUAAAUCAAUGGGCGGAGUUCUUCAAUUCGAGUACAAGGGAAAGUCUUCCACGUUAAAGACUCCCGAGGAUAUUGCUGCCUGGAUCGAAGAGCGAAGAAAACGGUUUCCUACAAAGCAGCGCAUUGCACAGAAGCAAAAGGAAGAAGAGGAGAAAAGGCGUACCAGAGAGGAGGCCCAGGCCGAGAGGAAACCGAGAUACCCGCAGAAAGAGAGGGAUACCAAGAAGAGGAAGCGCAAGGACGAUGACAAGCCGGACAAGGCUAUCAGAAAGGCUGAGAAACUCCGUGAGAAGCUAAGAAAGGCUGAGGAGGCAGUAGCGAAGGCGAGAGCAAAGCUGGAUUCCAAAGCUGCAAACGAAAAUACGCCAAAGAGGAACUUAGGCAUCGAUUAUGACAGCGAUGACAGCGCUGGAAAAAGUGGUGACGACUCGAGCUCUCUUGCAGAAAGCUCCUCCGACGUCUCGACAGAUUCGGAAUCGGAUAGCUCUUCAUCUUCAGGCGGUUCGAGUGAUGACGACGCACCUCCGGAAGAGGAGUCAUCAGCCAAGCGACCGGUGAAAGUCCGCUUGCCCAACCGGAAAGCCGUGCAGGCCACCACCACACGCCCUCGUCGAGACAAAGGCAAGGAAGCACCCAAAAGAGUGACGUUACGUGAGAGGAUGGCAGAGCAAGAGCGUCGACAAGAUGCGGAAGUUGUCUUGCGAUUCGUCAAAAUGCUUGGUGAAAAGGGCAUGCUCGAGUGA